CGCAGGGUGACACCAGGCGGGUGGCUCCGCCCCGGCCCGCCCCCAGCUCGCUCUAGGCGAGAGCCGCGGACUCUCCGGUCCUCUGAGCCCUCCAAGUCCCGUGAAGCCCAUGGAGCUGCCGGGGAGGCGCGGGGAGGCGCUGCUGGGCGAGCUGGAGACCCGGGUGCGGGCAGUGGUGAGGGCCAGCUCGUGGUGGGAGCGCCACGGCGUGGACUGCGCCAUCCUGGCGCUCAGCCUCCUCGCCCUGCCGGCCGGGUUUCUGUGCCUACGUUCUGGAAAUGUCCUGGUCUUUGCCCUGGGCAUCAUUAUCCUGGGUGUGUGCCACUACACGCUUACUGUCAAGGGCAGUCACCUGGCUACUCAUGGUGCCCUCACUGAGUCCAAACGCUGGAGCAAGAUCUGGGCCCUUUUCUUUGUGGAGGUAUGCACAGCCUUCACCGCAGAGUAUGCCAACUACGGGCACGUGAAGAUGCACCAUGCUUACACCAACGUGCUCGGCCUGGGGGACUCAAGCACGUGGAGGCUGCCUUACCUCAACCGUUACGUCUACAUGUUCCUCGCUCCCUUCUUGAUCCCUAUCGUAACGCCACUGGUGGCUGUCGAGCGACUGAGGAAGAUGGAGCCUGCGGUGGCGCUGCGCUCUCUGGGCCUGAUCUCCCUGGGCCUGUGUUCCCACUACUGGCUGCUCAUGAAUGUGUCUGGUUGCACAAGUCCCGGUUCUGCCCUGGCCUGCAUGUUCAUCACCAGAUCCCUGCUGGCCCAUCCCUACCUCCACGUUAACAUCUUCCAGCACAUCGGGCUGCCCAUGUUCUCCUUGGACACGAAGCCCCAGCGGAUCCACAUGAUGAGCCUGGGGGUGCUUAACCUGCCCCGGCUGCCCGUGCUGGACUGGGCGUUCGGCCACUCCAUCAUCAGCUGCCACGUGGAGCACCACCUAUUCCCCAGGCUCUCCGACAACAUGUGUCUGAAGGUGAAGCCCGUGGUGUCCCAGUUCCUGCAGGAGAAGCAGCUGCCCUACAAUGAAGACUCCUACCUGGCUCGGUUCCGUCUGUUUCUCAGUCGAUAUGAGGAGUUUAUGGUGCAGGCCCCUCCCAUCACAGAGCUGGUGGGGCUGCAGUGAGGGUGGGGGACCUCUCCCCACUCUACACCCCCACCCUGGCUCUCCCGUUACCACUGGUUCCCUGGAGCUGGGUGCUGCAGCCCUUCCCUAGCAGGGGUGGCUCCCUUGCUGGGGGUGGGGGUGGAUCUGCAACCAGAGGCAGGAGAGGGUAGUGAGGUAGGGUGCUCAUGGAGAACAUGGGGUUAGAUGUUGGGGGUGGGGGAGCUGGAAUCACCUGCCCUGACUGCUUUUCUGGGUUUUGAGGGUAUCUGGAGGAAAAAAAUAGAAAUGGUUGGGCAUCAUUGUCUGUCUGGACCUCUAGCAACUUCAUCUCAGCACUAAUCAGCUGAAUUCCAUCCCCUAUUCCUGUCUGAACCUUGGUGGGGCAAAGGAUGGGGGCCAGGGGAGGAGGAGGAGGGGUUCCAUUUAGGAGACAGUCUGGAGGGCUCACUGAGAGAGCCCUAGUCUCUCUGGUUGGCCAUUGCUUCUCCUGUACCCUUGAGGCUCUGCCCCCUAAGAAGCCCUCUCUCCUCAAUGCCAGAGGUCGAGGCUAUUCUUGACAGACUUUUGUAGCUUCCCAGCCAGGAAAACCUGUGCAAGACACUGGCUCAACAGCUCACAAGACCCACAGCCUCAGUGAGAACAAAGUAUGUGUGGUUGUGUGGUGUGUGUUUUGUGGGGAGUGUGCUCCCAGGGAAAUAGGGGUGGGGAGUAUAAAUAGCUUUGAGCAUGACCUUGGUUAGCUCUGGGUGGGGGGAGGAGUCUGCUUUCUUCUUUGAUGCUUACAAGGGGUGGCAUAGAAAAUCAUCAGUUGAAAGAGAGACAGAUUACUUGGAGAGUGACAGAGGAUGGAGUGAGGUGUAGGGGACAGGGCCAAGGGACAUAUGGCCUCAGAGAGGAGAGGAAGGUGGGGAGGAUGCAGAGAAAAGAGCUUGAAGUCAAGGACUGUCAUCCUUGACUGUGAAAGGAUGGUCUGCACCUGGUAGUGGGGUAGGGAUACAAGGGAACUGCUGAUCACAGCCAGAGGAAGGGCCAAGGUAGUGUGUGUGUGUGUGUGUGUGUGUGUGUGUGUGUGUGUCUGUCUGUCUGUCUGUCUGUCUCUGAGACUCAGCACAAAAUGGGAGGACUUAAGAAAAGGCCAGGAGUUACUCUGGCCAGGGGGCUGAGGCAGAGGGUGCAAGAAAGGGCUUCAGUGGGAGAGAUACUGAAAGAGACCAGAACAACUAGUUUAAAAUAAGGCUUCUCCUGAGACUGGGAGCUCAGCAGUGGAGUGCGUGCCUGGCAUACAUGCAGGUCUGGGUUCAGACUACGUACAAAAGAGUACUCUGAUCUCUCUGCGUGUCUCUCAUGUGCAAUAAAAAGUUAAAGUUAAAACAGGGUUUCUCACCUUAGCACUAAGCCCUUUUUGACCAAGUAACUCUUUGUUGUUGAUUCCAUCCUGUGUGUUGUGUCUAGCAGCAUCCCUGGCUUUUGCCCAUCAGAGACCAGGACCCGAUAUUGUAAACCCUCCCCCCCCCCAGAAAAAAAACUGUUCCUCAUGGGAAGGGGAUAAAUCAUCCCAGCUGGAGAACACACAGGUCAUGUUCUGUUCUUUUCCCUCUAGUGAAAUCCCUGGAUGGGGUAAAGGGCAUGCCACCCUCCUGAUGGCAGCAAGUGGGAUGGAAGGGUACAGGAGGAGGCAGUGAAGGUAUUAUCUAAGUUGGGCCUGUUGUUGGAGUCAACUGUGGCACGGCCUUAGGUAGCUCUGCUGAGGAGCCGCUUGCUCUGCAGAUCCAUUUCCCAUUCUCCUCUAUCCUGCCGCCCUCUACCAAAGACCACGGGCCCUGCUAGACACCCUUUCUGACCACCAUGACCAGUUCCAAAGCAGCGUAUCCCUUUUGCUUCUGUAGGGUCUGGGGUGGUGGGAGUGCUCCACUAUUCCCUUAGUCCUAAGAGAGAGUGCAAAAGUUCCGAGCGGUACAAAAGUUCCUUCAUUAAACUCCCUUCAGUCACCCCUUUAGUGCAUGCCAUCUGGUCCCUGCUGGGGAGCUGACUGAUAGAGCAGAGUUUUGGAUCCAGGCAGCCCUGUUGGAAGGAGGCAGAUUUGGCAGCCUCUCCAGCCUACUGCUUUGCUACAUGUUAUCGCUGCUAAUUUGAAAUGCAUUAGCCUCUGAAAUAGCUGCAAGGUCGGGGAGUGCACUUAAUCAAACUGCUAAUUCUCCAUGUGAUAAAUGCAGUGUCAGAGGACCACAGUCCUGACUAAUGAUUGAAACUCUCCCAAGACCUAACAAAUGAGUCAUCAUGAUUGAUCUGAGUGGGAAAUGGGCAGCAGUUGGAAGCCCUGGGACCAGAUCUGCUUGUCCCAUAGGCACAGGCGAACAGUUACAUUCAGUGCGUGAGGCUUACUUUUUUGAUAUUUUGAGGACAUGGGCUGCAGAAUGCAUUGGGGCUUGAGAGAGGGGAGGAAGGGAGAAGAGUGAACAGAGUAAUUCUAGGGCCUUGCAGAGCCUUAAGGUCUGAUGUGCAGAGAAUAUAUGGGAGAUGACGAUAUUGAUCACAGCCAAUAUUUAUUUAGAACUUAUGGUAAAUAUUUUUACCCACACCAUUUAAACUUUAAAACAAGUUUUAAUUUUUUGCCCUCGUGUUGCCUAUGGUGAAAAUAAGGUUGGAACAAUCAAGUUUCUCAGUGUCCUACAGCUAAUAAGUGGUGGGGAAAAUAUUCAAACCCAGUGUGUCUGACUGCAGAAUCAGUUCUCUUAGCCCACUGACAUACUACCUCUGGAAGAGGAACCCUAGGUUUUUCUGAUCCUAACUCUCUUCUUCUCAUGUGAAAUGACAAUAAAUGAUUUGGAUGUCAGGACAAACUAUAAGCAUCCAGUCAGGUACUGUGUGAUUUUUUUGGGGGGUGUGGGGGUAAAGGAAUGAAUAAAACUGGGCUCAAACUUAUGGAGCUUGCAGUCUAAUGCAGGGUUGACAAAUCCUUCUUGUAAAGGGUCAGGCAGAAAAUAUUUUUGGCUUUGUGAGUGAUAAUAGUUUCUGUCACAACUACUUCACUGUGCUAUCAAAAUGUAAAAACAAAAGGUCUGAGGUAAUAGUAAAGAAAUGCAUGGCUGCAUUCAAUAAAUGGCACGAUUGCACUGCAAUAAGACUUUCUUUGAAUUUUAUGUCAUUUUCACAAAAUACUCUUCUCUACAAUAAAAAAAUUUUAAAAUGUAAAGAGUUUGCUUGCAGGUUACCUACAACCAUCACAAAAGCAGGUGGUGGCCAGGAUUUGACCGGCAAGCCAUAGUUUGUCUACUCUUGGUCUAGAGGGAUAGGCAGAAAACAAAUCAUGGGGGAGGGGUAGCUGGGAAACAAAUGGCUCGUGGUCAUGUUCUAUUUCUUGAUUUGGGAACACGGAUACAUCCUGUGAUAACUCAUGAAAAAGUCCAUUUCUAAUCUGUGUACUUUUCUGUCUACAUCAAUAAAAUAUAAUUACAAAUGGA